UCAGAGUUAUGGACUUUUAUAACGUUAUGUUUGGCUUCCUGUUGGAGAUUUCGUUUGUGCUUUGUUCAGGAUCAUGGAAUAAUUUGCCAAACAGAGUAAAAAUGUUACAAAAUAUCAAAACCAAAGUACUUCCAGUGUUGAUAUCAGAAGAUGACGACUCCUUCCCUCAUGAGGAGGAUAAAUUGUGGCUUCCUUAUGAAGCUCUUAACGGAAAGAAUAGCAUACAGGUGAUGGAAGAUGCAGAUAUUUUUAAAGAAAUACUGAAAUACCAGCUGAGAAAAUAUGAGAGAAAAAUUAAUCUUCGAAUACUAAAGAUUCAAGGAAGAUCAACCAGAAGGAUAAAGAAACAUUCACGUAAGGGGGCAACUAGGAAGGGUAUUGAGCACCGUACUGGACAACCAAAAUCAUCUAAUAGUGACAGACAGCUGAUUCCAAAGAAUUCUAAACAACUGACUGAUGGGUCAAGAAGUAUUAACAUUUCAUAUAAUCAGAUGAAGAGACAUUUGGAAUUACAACACAAGAGGAAGGGACAUCUGUUUUCUAAAAAGGUAAAACAAACAAUUGACUGGUUAAGAAGAAUAGACCAUCUAGUGGGCAGUCAAAGGAAGAGACAGCUAGGAUUUCAUCAUGGAAGAAAUGAAAAGGUAUUCCUCAUUAAACCAACAAUAAAUGGAUCAGGAAGAACUACUAACUCAUCAAAAAAUCUUAAAAAGAGAAAACUUAAAAUACAGAAUAAGUGGAAGCUGCAGCCUGUACCUAAGACAGUUAAACCAACAAUUUCCAGAUCUGAGAGAACCAACCAAACUUUAGACAAUCAGACAUUACGGCAUGUUAGAGAGAGAGCUAAUAAAGGAAGAGAUAAAAAUAGUAACAUUGCAUAUCCAUUGUUUGUAAAUGACCAGUUUCUUCAAUCAGAAAGCAGCGGAAACUCAGAAUUUCUCGAGGUACCACCUGUGAAGGAAAAUGGAAUGCCAGAAUUGACUAUAAAUAAUAUAGGCUCUGCUGAAUUGCAGCACAUUGCCAGCAGAAAAAAGGGAGAAGAUGUGAUUAAUAUUUUAACAGUUCAAACCACCACCACACAAAAGCUAGUAGGGAAAACACUGCUGUUUACUUCAUGUCAGAUGGGCACACAGACCCCCAGAGUCACACAAUCCCUUCCUCAUAAACAGUUCUUAGGUCAGGAUAUCUUAAACUUACCAGAUGCAGUGAAAGAAAAUAUAUCUGGUUCAGUGGAGUGUGGAUUAGGAUACAAAGAAUAUAGUGGAACCUGCAGGAGUCUCUGUGAUAUCGAUCUCAGUUACUGUGAAAAUGGGGGACAAUGUUUGGUAGUGGAAAAUCUUGGAGCCACGUGCAGGUGUCCGCAGACAGCGUAUCUGUGUUACAAGGGUGAGUGCUGCUCUCCUCCUUUCACGUUCCUCCAACUGGCCUUCAUCAUUAUCAGUUGCUGCAUCUUACUGUCAGUCCCACUGGUAUCUAUACUGAUUCUUCUGACAGAUGCAAGAGUGAGCAAUAAAUCUGGGCAGCAGAAGAGCAGAUAUUGGUUGAUCAUCAUUGAUCAGCAGCUUGUAAAUCAUAAACACUUUUGCUCCUAG